AUUGUUUUUGAAUUAGACUCAAUUAAUUAUGGGUAUUAUCUCUUAUUUUUAAACAUAUAUGCUGAAGUUUUGGGGGCUUUAGGAGAUAGAAUGUUGGAACAAGAAGCUGUGAUUGUGAAACCAAAUAGGGAAGUGAUUCUUGAUGAAAAGCUUAAGAGAUGGAGAUGCUCCUGUGUCAGUUACUAGUCCACAUGUACCAAAUGAAGGACAGUUUAAAAAUAAGAAAGUGUAGAGAUUUGAUUAGAGCAGAGAAGCUGUUUGAUGAAAGGCUUGAGAGUUGAGCGUAAUUUGGUGCAAUAAUGUGUCAAUGAUGGGUUUAGUUUCUAUAGCUCAGACGUGUAGGUCGUUAAAGCCUCUGGAUUUACGGGGUUCUAUAGCUACGGUUGGAGAGUGCUGUAGACAACUUGAAGACUUGAAUUUGCGAUUUUGUGAGGGCUUGAAAAUCAUUAGCAAAAUAGUACAGGUUGAAUUCUGUGCACAGUUUGGUUUUGUCUUUCUUUUUGUUGCUUUAGGGCUGGAGUUCUUUUUUUUUGACAAAGCUAAAAAUUAUGAGGCCGUGUUCUUGCAACCGAUUCACACAUGCUAUACUGUGGAAUUGGGUAUGGUGGAAGCUAGAGUUUCCCAAUUGAAUUGGUUCACUUUCAAGGAGUUUUACAAGGAAUGUUUAGACUGAAAUGUUUUGGUUCCUACUGUGAAGAACAUCCCAGUGAGGUCUCUGCAGCUAUGGCAAGGAGCACUCCAAAUUAUGACUGGGAUUAUGAAGGUGAUUUUCCAGAUGGAAAGGCAGCUACUGGGUUGAGAACAAUUCUGAUAGAGUCCAUUUUGAAAUCCCAUGAAGAUAAAAUGUGGCUUGUGAAGACUGAGGAGAAGCUUUCUGAGGAUGUCCAAGUUCUCCUAAAGGACAUUUCUGCUGCAAGAGCUUCACAGCAGGAGCUAUCUUCAAGAAAGUCAAACACCCAGCAAGAAAUAGCAUUCUUUAAGCAGUGGAUUUUAAUUGUAGAAAAAAGAGUCCCAGAGCUGGAAGCGGAAAAGAAAGUUGCUGCUGCUGCGAGAACUUUUAAGGAAGCUGCAAGAAUAGCUGCCGAGGCAAAGUCAUAG